ACUGUAAAAAUAUACACAUACACUGUAUAUUAUGUCAUAUUUAUAAAUGCUUAAUGUAGAUUUGUCAAACUUUUUAUUGUCAAACUUUUUAUUGUGCUAAUCUUUUUAACUGUACUGUCAUGCACAACCUUAACGCAUCUUCGACACGGUAACAUCGCGAGUUCCCGCAAAUGUCGCCGGUAUAAUGCAAAUCUCUCGCUAAAUAUACGGAAAAAUUUUUUUUGGAUUAAUCAAAUGUCUGAUAAAAUAUAAACGAACUAGAAUUCCGGUUAAAGUUAUCAGAAUUCUAUUCAAAUUAACAAGAUUUCUGGUUAACCAGGAAUUCUGUUUGGUUAAAAUCUUGUUAACUUGAACAAAAUUUUAGUAACUUCAACCGAUCUUUGUUUCGUUUAAUAUUUCACCAGACAUUUGCUUAAUCCGAUUAAACUUUCUUUUUCGUGUAUAAUACAUUUUUCUUAUUGCGGUUGCGGUCUUGUUUAUUAUAGAUCCAUGCGCGUUAAGUAUAAUUACAAGUUUAUCAUAGAUUCUUGAGUGAUAAGCCCACUGAUUUCAUAAGUUCCGUAGAAACGCCACGUGCCGCAAUUUUAUCGUCCACACUUAUCAGUGAAUGUUGAGUUUUCGUAACGAGGGGUUCUCCUGCAGUAACUUUAUUGAAAGAAAUUGCAACGAUGCGUAAUCCUCAAAAGCAAGGAAUUACGUCUGGCACAUGACAUAUCAUUAUGUUAUUAAAAUAUGUGUCACACGAGCUAUUUCAGAUAAAAGAGGUAUGCUUCAGUAACAAAUCGCAAUAUACUUGUUUUAAUUCAGCAUUUUCAUUUCUUUUUUCGGUCAACACGUUGAUAUUGAAUCUAACUGCAGAUUGAAGCCGUAUUUUACUGCAUUUUAUUGGAUUCGUUUCCAACAUUUCGUGAACAACGAUAUUUGUGUGGCAAUUUAUUCAAUUAAUUUCCGCUGAAUUAAUUCCGGAAACACCCACGCAUUAUUUAUCGCCAUCAAUAAAAAACAAUAAGCAAUAGCAGCGGCGUUCUAUCUUCCGCAAACACCGCCAAACCCAUGUGUGAAUUAGAUAUCAUGUUGCUCGCAAAGUCGGUAUGGCAAUCGAUGCAAGGAGUGAACGGCAUGAUCGAUAAAACGCGUAAAAAUGUAAGUCAUCGAACCGCCAUGAGAUAACGGUUCGUGAUUCACUGGAGAUUUGCACGAGAGAAAGAGAGAGAGCAAAAGAUAAAGAAAAACAACAUUCCCAUAAAAAAGCGACACGUAACGUUGCAUCAUCGAUUCGCAGACGUGUCUCUGAAAUACGCAACAUGGUGUAACGAUGUUUUUUUAACUAGAUAAAAAUAACUUUAUAUCUUAUCCAAGAAAUUGCAGCAAUUCACAAUCGCGAUAAGCUUUCACGACGUUUCCAAAUAAUUUGUCCCGAUGUAGUUCGAUUAAUCCCGCCCCGAUGUACCUGAUACUAAAUAGAGUCUUCAUUUCUUGUGCAGGCGGCAGCUCGCAAUGUUCUUACGUACAGUCUGAGAAGCGGCGCGAAAGAUCUCAAGGAGGACUGCGGAGCAGAAUUUACUCCAAAAUUCCGUUAAUCGCGCCUCACAAGAAUCUCCCAGAGAAUAUGUCUCGAGUCCCUCUUAUGGCAUCCAACAGCAGCGCGCCAGAAGUGGCGGAUCGUCGGAACACGGUGCUGCUCGAGGCUGGAUUACCCGGUGACUCGUGGACAUACUGCGUCGAAAGAGAACGACUAGCCAGAAGAUCGGAAUGGUUUCGAGCGAUGCUCACUGGCCCGCUUGCACCACCAGUGGCGGACUCACCGCCGUUGUUGCGAUUACAACACGUCGACAAGAGAGCAUUCGAUCAUUUUCUCAGAUAUCUUCACGACGAACCGGUAAAUUUCAUAUCGGUGUCGACGGCCAGAGCUACGCUUGACGCUGCGCAUCAAUAUCUCUGUCCAGAAUUAGCAAGGCUUGCCGCGGCGUAUCUAGGAAAGAAAUUAACAGAAUCAACCGUGCUCGAAAUCUAUCAGGGCCUAGGACUCUACGCAAGCGAUACGUCACCUGUCUCUGACAGACCGUCGCACUCACCGUCAGCACCAUUGCCGCCCGGAGACGAAGCCGAUGAAAUAGCGGCUGUAUGUACCGAUCUCUUGCUCAAGUGCCUGUUUGUGAUCGACUCGAAUCCGGUAACGGUGCUGCGUCAGGAACAUUUCGAAGAACUCAACGUCCAGGAAGUGGCCCAACUAGCACGGCGUGAUACUUUAAAUCUCAGCAGCGAGUGCGUCCUCUUUUCAGCGUUGGACAGGUGGGCCGCAGCCGAAUGCCGAAGACAGGGUCUCGAGCCCUUGCCGUUCAACAAAAGAGCUGUGCUUUCCGACGAUAUUUGCUUCAGCGUACGAUACCUUCUUAUGAACGAUCAAGAAUUUGUCAGUGGUCCCAUGGCGAGUGGUAUCUUGACUAACGAGGAAUGCGUGCACAUCGUCUCUAGGAUACUCAGGCAUCCCGAGAGCUCGGCGGAUAGUAACGUACGCGGCGCAUCAGCUGUUCAUCCAUCCAUGUUAUCGGACACGCCCAGGAUCGGCAGGUACAAGUGUGACGGUCUGGACUGCAAUAUGUUAAAGCCGGGUAAGAAGGAACGACAGGAUAACCGAAAAAACAGGAGGAAGGAAUGCGCCAGCCAAGGGCAGCGAACGUGCGCCAGAAUAGGGAAUUGUCUCAUACAAGUCCUCUCCUGCGUGUUCGAUUAAUCGAUACGUCCGUGAAAAUUUCUGUAGGCGCAAUCGCAGAUUUCUCACCCACCGAAUAAUAUUCCGUUAUUGUUCCGUCGCCGUGUCUGUUCAGUUGCAACUUUGACGCGUAAAGUCGGGAUACGGGAAUGGAAGGUCCAAGACAUUUGAAAUAUCAUGACCUCUUUUAGACGUUACAUUUAUUUUACAAUUAAAUUUUCGAAAUCUAGAUAAUGCAUUUUCGAUGCCAUUUUACAUAAUCAACAUGUUUUCUCGCCUCGGUCAUCUUGAUCAGUGAUGUCAGAAGCGAAGAAAUGUAGAAUUAACGUGGGAAAAUCAGCGAAAAUAAAUAAAAAAAAAAUAGAUUGCAUAUUACAUUAAUUUUUUUUUAUUAUUUAUUGAUCAUUAGAGCAAAAAGAAACAUUCUGCAGAUUUGUUUGACCGAUUGGAAGUACCACGCACACACAUAUAUAUAUGUUAUGAAUAUAUCUUUUUUUUAUUUCAAAGUAUUUUACACAAGAAUUUUGAAGAUAUAUUUUUUCACUUCUGAUAUUAUCAAUCAAGAGAAUCGUGGCGAAGGAGCAGAAGCAGCGUAUAUAAAUUUCAGACUUGGAGAUUUAUGACACUGAAAACUCCAGAUGAUUCAUUGGCGAAGAACGUCUGAUAAAUGUACUUCCUGCGGAUGUUGUUACAUCAUCUCAUUAGUAGACGCGGCACAAAAGACCGUAAGCGAUAUUCUAUCACUACCGGAAUAUUGUUAUGAAUAUUAUUUUUCGGUUAUGUCAACUAUAGAUCGUAGACCUCCACGAUAAGUGUAUUUAAAUAAUAUUUUUAAGAGCGAAAGAGAGGCUGAGGUAUCAAGAAAAGACCUUUCUAAUGUUUUUACAGGGUUUUUGAUCACUCUACGCGUGUAGGAUGAAGUUUUUAUUCGUUAAGAUAUUAUUUUAAUAAAAUAAAACGCAAUUAAAUAGAAUAAAACGCAAUUGCGCGCAUGUUGGCUUGUUGAAAUUUUUCUAUUAUUGGAAAAUUAAGGACUAUUAUGCUACUUCCAUUAUUAUUAUUAUUAUACAGAAUGUCCAGUAACUCACAGAGGUACUGCAGUGUGCAGAUAGAUUAAGUCAAACUGAACGAAAAAAUUGCUUCAUUUCGCGAAUAAUCACGUUUCUAAGAUAUAAAUUAAAGAAGUUUGGUGUAUAGUAGUGCACAAUAAUGCACCAAUCAUUUUAAUUAAAUAUCUAUGUCCAUUAUAGAAAAGUAUCACUGGCUGUGAUAAAUUGGCCAGUAAUAAAUAGUAAUUUUAUUACUCGUACGAGUAAUAAAAUUAUUAAACGAUAGAAAUUAUUACUGGCUAAAUUAUCAGUAUUAAAUUUCUAUAAGGAGUUCAUUCAGGAAAUGGUAGAAGACUUUUUUUGUUCAAUUUGAAUGUAGUGACAAACGUCGUCACAGCUGAUCCUACCGUAUGACGUAUGAUCAUUCACGAAUCUUUUGAAUUAACAACUCAAAAUUUUAAGUGGUUGUUGGCAAAAUGGUAAAUGAAUGUUUUAUUUAACCUAACCUGUACACCGUGGCUCCUCCGUGAGUUACCGGACACCCUGUAUAAAAAGAAAGACAUUAUAUCGUUUGCAUAUUU